GAUACAGUGUUGGGAAAAUUUGUGGACAUCAUUUGCUUGGAAAGCUCUAUAACUACCAUGACUUCGAAACAAGACCAUCACACCUUACUCACAUAAAAUACAUAUACAUCAAACACCAUCAACAUGUCUUAUCGUCUCUUUAACAGAUCCUCUUCCUCUGAAUCUAAUGAUGAUGAUGAAAAGAGAAGACAACAAUUUGAAGAAGUAGACGCCAUGAUCGACAAUUAUAUGGUCACUGAAUUCGCUAAUUUUGUGAUGCCAACUCCUGAAAGGCCACCCCGACGACGUCGUAGGGUGGUCGACGAAAAUGGAGAUGUUGUUAUCAGGGUCCGAAGAGGGCAUGAAGAAGGUCAUCAACGCCUAUACAAUGACUACUUUGCUGAACAUCCUGUGUACAACAGUCGAAUAUUUCGUCGUAGAUUUCGCAUGCAAAAGCACUUGUUUUUGCGAAUAAAGAAUGCUAUAGAGGAGAACGACACGUGGUUUGAGCUACGAAGGGAUGCAAAGGGGGAACUAGGCUUGUCACCACUUCAGAAAUGUACGGCAGCGUUGAGGAUGUUAGCCUAUGGGAUGGCGGCUGAUCAAGUAGAUGAAUAUCUACGUAUGGGCGAAACCACUGCAAGAACAUCCCUCAUAAGAUUCUCAGAAGGGGUUAUCAAAAUUUUCGGUGAGGAGUACCUAAGGAGACCGACCGAAUCUGAUUUGCAGAGACUCCUUCAAAAUGGUGAGCGACGUGGGUUACCUGGUAUGAUCGGAAGCAUUGACUGCAUGCAUUGGGAGUGGAAAAACUGUCCAGCAGCAUGGAAAGCGCAAUACCAAGGCCGAAGUGGUAAAGCAACCCUUGCACUUGAAGCCGUUGCGUCACGAGAUCUUUGGAUUUGGCACGCCUUCUUUGGCAUCCCUGGUUCGUGUAACGACCUAAAUAUUCUACAUCGUUCCGAUGUUUUUGAUGAUGUCAUGCAAGGCCGAGCGCUAUCGGUUAAUUUCACGGUUAAUGGUCAUCAAUACAACAUGGGCUACUACCUCACUAAUGGCAUAUAUCCACAAUGGGCUGCUUUCAUUCAAGGUAUUACUCUUCCACAAACCGACAAGCAUAGACUAUUUGCGCAACAUCAAGCGGCAGCUCGUAAAGACGUUGAGCGCGCAUUCGGAGUCUUGCAAUCUCGAUUCGCAAUUGUACGACAUCCCUCUCUCGUAUGGGACGAGGACGCAAUGCAUAUUAUCAUGAAGGCUUGCAUCAUCAUGCACAACAUGAUAGUCGAAGAUGAACGACACAAUUAUCUUAAUUAUACUGAUCCAUCCGAGUUCAUCGCUGAUCGCCCGCAGCAAAGAGCUAGUACAAGCGCCACUUCAGAAGAAGAUGAGCCUUUCGUGUACAAUGUCGAACGUCCGUUUGACAUGGAGCUCUACUUCACAAAAAGGGAAGCGGUGCGUGACAAACAUGUUCACCUAGCUCUAAAAUCAGAUUUGAUUGAAAAUAUUUGGAAAUGCUAUGGACGUAGGGGUUGUUAGUUGUGCUUUAAUCAGAUUUGCCUCUAGUUGUGCUUUCAUUUCUGCGUGUGUAAUCAUCUUUUGAUUGUUGUUAAUGAAUUGAUGUUGCGUUUUCGAUUACUAGUAAUUAAUCAUCGACUAAUGAAAGUAAUUAUCCGAUAA